UUAAGGUCAAAGUUUCGACUCGACGUUCUAUUUACAUAAUGAUAUUCAAUGGUGUAUAUCAUAUUAUUAUUUAAAAACUAUCUAACCACUCAAUAAACAUAAAAUUAGUGAUUACAAUAUUAAAUCGCCUGUUUGAAUUUGCCGCUAAAAGCAACCGAGUACAUCGGCCACGUUCGGGAUCAAUGCUACCGGGCCGGCUAGACGCAAGUGAGAUUCGGACCUAUAGAAAUCCAAAAGUUUAGGUACACAUUUAGCCUUGAGGUCGUUUGAGCCAGUAGUCGUACCUUUCAAUUUGUACGCAGUUCAGUUCUUUUUCGUCUCUUCACAUAGAAGCAACGUAAAAGUAAUUUCGGAGCAAAUUCGAAAAUGUCUAACGUUAAACCGUUUUGCGUUAUUUGCAAAAGAAAAAGUGAUAAAUUGAAGUGCUUUGAAGAAAAAAUAUUGUGCAAAUGUCGUGAAAUAUUGAAAAUUCGCCAGGAUAAUAAAUUAACUUAUUGUGAUGUUGUGGUUCCAAAAGAAGUCAAUGAAUUCCAGAAAUAUCACACAGAUUGUUAUAGACGUUUUACCGCCUUGCCGCAAAAGUACAGAGUGUCUGCAUCUAAACCAGAAGUUGCAUCAACUUCAACAUCACAACAACAUGCUGAAAAUCAGAGCGAUAAUACUGAUGAAGUUGCGGCAACUGAACCUACCGUACAUACUCAUUCUGACUCUUGUACAACACAAUCAGCAGCUGGUUCAGCCGAGCAACACCAUGCUGAAAAUCAAAGUGAUGACAUUGAGAUGGAAAGACUUACAGUUUCUACAGCACAAUCAGCAGCUAAUUCAACAGAGCAGCAAUGUGCUGCUGAGAUAAGCAAUGCUGAUGAUACUACUGUGAGUCAUAGUUGUUUUUUUUGUGGUAAAAGCAGAAAAAAAGUAAAAGGCCGCGAGGAACAGUUAUUUGUACUUACGAAGUCAGGAAGCGACACGGUGAAAAAUAUCGCACAGUCAAGCGAUGAUAUUGACGAAGAAAUGGUGAAGAAAGUAGACGAUUUUCCAUCUGAUAUCGAUAGUUUUUAUCACAAGAGGUGCAAAGUAGCCUAUUAUAAUACUCGCCAAUCAGUUGUAAGAGGUAAUAAAGAACAGUCACAGUGGCAUUUGACAAGAGACGCUCGUGCAGAGGCAUAUGCAGCUGUUGAAAACUUUGUUCUUCAAAAUAUUAUCAAUCAAGAACAAACAUUUUUUCUGACAUUUUUAAAUGAUUUAUUUAUUGAUCAUUUAAAAGAGCUUACUGGAGACAUUUGUGCAUAUACCUUUAAACCUUACCACUUAAAGGAAAGAUUACUUAAAAAAUUUCCAAAAAGAAUUACCAUUAUAACUUUUGAAAAUAAAACCCUUGUGAAACCAUACAGGGGCAUUGUCGUAAAUAGUGAGGUUGAAAAACGUAAUAUUUUAGAGGCUGCUGCUGAUAUUUUAAAUGAGAAAAUUCGUAAUCUUCAAGGUCGUAAUUUGCCACAAAACUUAACAGUAAAAGACAUAAUACAGGGCGAGUGCGACGUUCCUGACUUUUUGAUGGACUUUUAUGAAAAAAUUUUAGCCGGAAAUAAUUAUCGUCGCAGACAUAAUUCAAGAACUAAAAGAUUAGCUAAAUCGUAUGGAGAAGAUCUUAUUUAUGGUGUAUUAAAUGGCCGAUUAAAAUGUUCAAAACAUAUGACCCUUGGCUUGACUGUAAAAAGUCUUACUAAUAGUAAAAAGAUUGUCAACAUUCUCAAUAGAUAUGGGCAUACUUGUAGUUAUAGUGUUCUAGAAGGCCUUGAGACUGAAGCUACAUUUUCGUCUUGCGAGACUUCAGAUAUUUGUCCUGAUGGAAUCGAACGACUACCAGGAUUACAUACAGGUGUCGCUUUUGAUAACUAUGAUCGGUUUGUUGAUACAACAUCAGGUAAAGAUACACUUCACGAUACCGUGGGAAUAAUUUUUCAAGAUGUGAGUACUUGUGAAAGUGAGGAAGCUGUUGAGAGAGAGGAAGCUGUUGAGAGAGAGGAAGCUGUUAAGAGAGAGGAAGCUGUUGCAAGUACGAGCAACAUUAACGUCGACGUAACGGUACCGAAAAAAACUAAACAUAGACGAAGUUUCGACGUAAUCAGCCACGAUUUGCAACCGUAUCCGAAACGACCGCGAAUUGUUGAGUGUUUGCUGCCUCUCGAAUCGCCAUUACAUUCAAUAACAGUAAAUCUCACAUCCCAACGUCACAUUUAUUUUUCGUGGAUGCUUUCACACUAUUAUCAGUUGUCAAUGACACCGAUGUAGGUAGGCUACAAUAGUUUAGUGCAUGAAGACACAUCUCCACAACAACUCGUUUGUUAUUUAACUACAAUAAAUUCUUCGACAACAAACAAAUCUGUUGUAUUAGAGACCAUGCAGCAAAGUAAAAAAGUGGCUGAUGAAUGCGGAAAAGAGUAUAUGCAGGUAACAUACGAUCUUGCUAUCGCGAAAAUCGCCCUCCAAAUCCAAAGUACCGAAAAAGGAGUAUUUGAUAAUUUAUUUAUACACUUGGGAUCUUUCCAUAUAAAACUGGGUUAUUUUAAAGCAUUAGGCAAAUUUAUCGAUAAUUGUGGUAUUACAAAUAUUAUGGUGGAUGCUCUCAUGCUUGCCAGUGGAUCAGUCAACGGUGUGAUUGCUGGAAAGCAUUUUAACAGGUGUAAACGGUUACACCCCAUGGUUGCCUUAGCAUUAAGAAUGUUGCAUUUUGAAAGCUUCAUUCUUGAAAAUAAUGUUACGAUUGAUGAUGAAUGCAAAUCUAGAUUAAUAUUAGCUUUAAUUCAAUUUUCAAAGAAAAAAGCAUCUUCGCCGUUCGUAGAAAAUGAAGAAAUAUUAGAUUUGGUAAAACAAUACGAAGAAUACAGUGAAAAAACAUUGCAAGGCGAUCAUGGAAAGACCCCACAAUACUAUAUGCUAUACAUACGUUUCGUCGACUAUUAUUUGUUGCUAAAUGCAAGUAUUCGCAAAGGCGACUUCCAGUUAUUCAAAUAUAUGUUAUCAAAAAUGGUUAACUUUUUUUUCACAUUUAAUCAGCCAAAUUAUUCGAGAUAUUUAGUUAAAUAUCUCGAUAAUUUGCUGAAAAUUGACGACACACAUCCCGGCCUGCGUUCGCAGCUAGAGGAGGGAUCAUUCGGCGUUAAAAGGACAAAGAAACCGUUUUCAAGGCAAUCAGUUGACCUCACUCUUGAGCAAACUAUUAAUGCAGAUGCUGCUAAUAAGCUGACUGGAAUUUCUCAUAUCACAAGUUCGAUAGCAGCUAGACAGCGAUGGUGCCGCAGCCACACCAUUCGAUCUGCGAUUAUUAGUCAUACGUUAGAUGAUGCACAUUUAACUAAAAAACAAGACGUGACACAAGAUUUGUCAAAGGGUGUGAUUAAAAAAAACAGCAGUCAACUAGCUCGAUUAAUUAGUGGAAUAAAACGAAAUAUCAACCCGUUUGAUAAAGUUUUAAACAAAAAUAAUUUAUACAACAUUUCUACUGGCCAAGCUGCACCAGAAAAUGUCGCUGACUUUUUGUUGAGUGUUGAAGAAACUGGAAAUCAGCAGAGACAAAAAUUUAUACAAUUGUGUGUAGACGAUCCAAGUAAGUUUGAUCAGGCUAUUUCACAAAAUAAACUUCAUACUUUUGCCAGUAUCAUCAGUAAAAAAAAAUUGUCAAUUGCUGGAAAGGAAGUGGAGCUGAGAAUGCAGCGUGAUAUUUUUGGCAAGCUUCUUUACAUUUCCAUGCAAAAAGAAGUUGAUAUUGCAAAGGUUCUUGCGUACCCAUUAACGCCAGUACCUUUGUCAAUGUGCCAUCUUGAUGGUUCUAUUUGCAAGACUGAAAAAUCGGCUCUGAUGAAAUUGUUGGAGAAAGAAGUUCAAUCACAAGCACCUACAAACACAGAUGUGAUUAUCUACGAUGGAUUUUUCAUUCUUCACUUGAUGAAAGAAGUACCAAAUACUUUUGGAAACAUUUCUCUACAACUUCUGCAGUGGAUUUGUGCAACUCCAGCAAAAGUUAUUAUAGUCACAUUCGACAGAUACAUUUUCCCGUCCAUAAAAGAUACGAAGCGUAAAAUGAGGGGUAUGGAAAUAUCUGAUUAUCGGAUUGAUGGUCCCGAUCAGUUGCGAACGAAAGAUUUGGCUACGGAGUUGAAAAAUCCGAAUUUCAAAGAAGCAAUCGUCAAUUUCUUCAUUCAACACUGGGCUGAA